AUGUCGCAACCUCCGAAGUCUUUACCUCUAUUUUGCAACGUGGACGUGGACAUUUCUCCCUGCCCUCUAUUCCUGAAGCCUAGUGUUUACAGGGACGGGGACCUGCUGCUGGAUGGCUUCUUCCCCCUCUACUCUUGGAAAUCACAACUAGACCUACAACAACUCUAUUGGCUGUCCAAGCCAAUCCAAACUUCACCUGAAUGUUUUCAAAAUGUCUUAUUGGAGAAGUUAGUGGUUUACACUACAGUUGUCACGCUUCCAAAACUGAGCAACUCCAUGCAGCAUGAUGGUGAACAUUGGCAUUGUUCGUCACCUUCAGAUAAGUGGUCAGAUAAUUGGGUCUGUGAAAAUACUUCUGAAGCAGACAUCUUAGAGAGUUCAACUACUGUUUUCUGCUAUAUUCAUGAAUCCUCUCUGGCUGUUGGUGGUGUUGUGUAUUGCACUGAGGAAUACAUAGCCUGCGGCAAGGUCGUUUUUAACAUAACCUUUGUGAUACCCACCCUGGCAUACAUCCAGGACAUUGUUGGCUUCAUCUUUAGUUUUCUUCAUGGCUCAAAUGUUGUGUGGGAGUUGCACAAUUAUCAUUACAUUCUGGCCUUUCUCUUUGCCAUUGAAGAGAUCAACAAGGACCCCCGUCUGCUGCCUAAUUUCACACUCGGUUUCAAUCUCUACAACGCCUUUAAUAAAAAUGGCAAGCCUUUGGAGAACAUCUUCUUUUGGUUCUCAGGAGGGAAUCAGACUGUCCCUAAUUAUAGCUGUCAGAAACAAAGCAAAUCUGCCGCCAUUAUUGCAGGAACCACACCAGAAUUCUCAUCAAAUAUUUCACCGCUUUUGGAACUCUACAAAAUUCCACAGGUCACUUAUGGACCAUAUGAUUCUUUACUGAGUGACAAAGAUCAGUUCCCAUCACUCUAUCAAAUGGCUGCUAAAGACAACUUCCUGACACAUGGACUGGUUUUGCUAUUCUUGCAUUUUGACUGGACUUGGGUGGGAAUAAUUGUUUCUGAUGAUGUAAAAAGUUAUAAAUUUGCCUCAAUGUUGGAGGCAGAGAUGUUGAAAAAAUAUAUCUGUACAGUCUUUAUGCUGACAUUACCUAUCUCAUGGAUAUGGAAUGACAAUUUAGAUGUUGAAAAUAUACCUCGCCUAGCUGAUCAUGAAAAAGUAAAUGUCUCUGUAUUGCAUGGUGAUUCUCAAAUUAUUAUGGGUGUAUACUUCUAUGGAAGAACCUUUGAACUUGUAGGUAAGAUGUGGGUUAUAGCCACAGAGUUAUAUAUUGACUUGCAUAGGGUGAAGCAUAUAAUGGACUUUUUCCAUGGAAGUCUCUCAUUUUUACCCCAGAAGAGAGAAGUGCCUGGUUUUGAAGACUUUAUUAAAACAUUCAACCCUUCAAAAUAUCCAGAAGAUUUUUAUUUAGAGAAAUUGUGGCUUGACACAUUUGAAUGUUCAUUUUCUGGGUCACUAUGUAGAAAAUUCAAAGACUGUCUGCCAAAUAUUUCCCUAGAGUUUAUACCAGGAAAUACAAUCAUGUCUGAAUCCACCUAUAUUGUCUACAAUGCUGUGCAUAUAGUAACCAGAGCACUCCACGAGAUGUUUCAGGAGGAAACAGAAACAGGAUUGAAAAGAGAUGCAAACAUCCCAAUGCUUCUCUCUUGGCAGCUUCACUUACUUCUCAGAAACAUCCAAUUUACUAACAGCAUUGGGGAACACAUAUCCUUGGAAGACCAAAGAAAGUUAGUAAAACGAUACGAUAUCCUGAACACUGUGUCAUUUCCUGCAGCUCAUGACUUCCUAGUUAAGGUGGGAGAGUUUGUCAUCAAUGGUCAAAAUAACCAAACCUUGGUCCUCAAUAAAGAGGCCAUAGAAUGGCCUAUUGAACUGGAAAAGCCUCCCAUAUCUGUGUGCACACAGAAGUGUGGUCCAGGAUUCAAGAAAGUUAUACAGGCUAAGGCAAUCUGCUGCUUUGAAUGUGUCUUUUGUCUGACAGGGGAGAUUUCAAAUACACAAGAUGCACAAGACUGUAUCCAGUGCUCAGACCAAGAAUAUUCAAACCAAGAGAGAACACACUGUCUCCCCAAGUUGGUGACCUACUUGUCCAUUGAAGAUUCCUUGGGGAUGGCUCUGGCCUUCACAGCUUUGUGCGUCUCUGUCAUCACAGUGGUGGUUUUGUGGAUCUUUGUGAAGCACCAAGACACCCCCAUAGUCAAGGCCAAUAACAGGACUCUUAGCUACAUUCUGCUCAUCUCCCUCCUCCUCUGCUUCCUCUGCUCCUUUCUCUUCAUUGGUCGGCCACACCCUGUCACCUGCGUCCUCCAGCAAAUCACAUUUGGACUUGUGUUCACUGUGGCUCUUUCCACUGUGUUGGCAAAAACCAUUAUUGUGCUGUUGGCAUUCAAAUCCAUGAAGCUGGGAAGAACCAUGAGGUGGCUGUUGGCAUCAGGGGCUUCUAACUAUGUCAUUCCCAUCUGCACUCUUGUCCAAGUGGUUAUCUGUGGCAUCUGGCUGGGACUGUCUCCCCCCUUCAUUGAUGUAGACACACACUCUGAGCCCAGGCACCUGCUCCUCUUGUGUGACAAGGGCUCAGUCGCUGCCUUCUACUGUGUGCUGGGCUACCUGGGCUCCUUGGCCCUGGUCAGCUUCUCCUUGUCCUACCUUGUCCGCAACCUGCCUGAUGCCUUCAAUGAAGCCAAGUUCUUGACCUUCAGCAUGCUGGUGUUCUGCAGCAUCUGGGUGACCUUUCUGCCUGUCUACCACGGUUCCCAGGGCAAGCGCAUGGUGGCCUUGGAGAUCUUCUCCAUCUUGGCCUCCAGUGCUGGUCUCCUAGUAUGCAUCUUUGCUCCCAAGUGUUACAUUAUUCUGAUUAGACCUGACAAGAACUCUUUGAAAUACUUAAAGAUGAGAUCAUCCCAUAUUCAUCCUUCUGUUUCUGACUGAUUUCACUUAACAUGAA